UCGGGGGAUGAAACGACGCCAGAAUCUGCGACCUCGCCAGCGAAGAUAAUACCGAUCUACAGUUCCAGGGAAAGAGAGAAGACGCAGGGUUGCCUUUCGAUUUGAAGAGAUGGAUUUGGAGAUCAAGGCUUCGCCAUCGCCAUCGCAAUCGCCUUCGAGCUUUCGAAAUUUUUUUUUUAUUUAUGAUUUCGGAGUCCUCGAGGAGAAGAACACGCGAACAACACAGAUGGAGACAGCCACUCGCGUGCUGCCACGUCGUCAACGGGACGACCCCGAACAGCCCUUACUUAAGACCCGUCCCACUCUCUUUUAAUUUCUUUUUCAUUUAAAUUAAACCCAUUUGAACGUACGGGACGGGCCUAAGGGCCCCCGAUACCGAUGCUCUUAUAUAAUCCCAUCAGAACUUCUCCCUCUCCACUAUAUCCAUCUUUUCUCUCUAGUUUCUCAAAUCUUAUCACUUAUUUUUCUCUUCUUCACGAAGACUGGAAGAACAGACGAAGACCAAAAGGCUUCUAAUCUAAGCCAUGUCUUUUCAAUACUAUGCUCUUAACUCUGUUCAAAAUAACAACUUUUUCUGUACUAAAACAACAAUAUCUCCUUAUUUCCGUAAGAUCUCAAGAUCUCCUUUCACUGUGGCGAAAAGCAAACCCAAAGGCUGCUCCAUAUCUUGUUCAAAGCUUCCAAUUCAAGAAUCCAAGAAUUCUCAGGAAACUCAACAUGAUGAUCUAUCUCUUAUCCAGUGGCAACAUCUUCAAGGAGAAGAUGCGCCUCAGAUUGGUAUUGGAAGUAGUAAUAGUGUAAUUGAAGAAGCAGUGAAGAGAGUGAAAUCGAUAUUGAGAAACAUAAGUGACGGUGAAAUUACAAUAUCAGCUUAUGACACAGCCUGGGUUGCAUUGAUCGACGCCGGGGAUAAAACUCCAGCGUUUCCCUCCGCCGUGAAAUGGAUCGUUAAUAAUCAACUCUCCGAUGGAUCUUGGGGUGAUGCACAUCUCUUCUCUUAUCAUGAUCGUCUCAUCAACACACUUGCAUGCGUCGUUGCUCUAAGAUCAUGGAAUCUCUUUCCUCAUCAAAGCCAGAAAGGAAUCACGUUUUUCCAAGAAAAUAUUGAAAAGUUAGAAGAAGAAAACGAUGAGCAUAUGCCAAUUGGAUUCGAAGUAGCAUUUCCUUCGUUACUUGAAAUAGCUCGAGGAAUAAACAUAGAUGUACCGUACGAUACUCCGGUCUUGAAAGAUAUAUACGCCAAGAAAGAGCUAAAGCUAACAAGGAUACCAAAAGAGAUAAUGCACAAGAUACCAACAACAUUGCUGCAUAGUUUGGAAGGCAUGCGUGAUUUAGAUUGGGAAAAGCUAUUGAAACUUCAAUGUCAAGACGGAUCUUUCCUCUUCUCUCCUUCCUCCACCGCUUUCGCAUUCAUGCAGACCCGGGACAAUAAUUGUCUCAAGUAUUUGCGCAAUGCCGUUGAACGUUUCAAUGGUGGAGUUCCUGGUGCCUUUCCUGUGGAUCUUUUCGAACACAUAUGGAUCGUGGAUAGGCUACAACGGUUAGGGAUAUCUAGAUACUUUGAAGAAGAGAUUAAAGAGUGUCUUGACUAUGUACACAGAUAUUGGACCGACAAAGGCAUAUGUUGGGCUAGAUGUUCCCAUGUCCAAGACAUCGACGACACAGCCAUGGCAUUUAGGCUAUUAAGACUUCAUGGAUACCAAGUUUCAGCGGAUGUAUUCAAGAACUUUGAGAAAGAAGGAGAGUUUUUCUGCUUUGCGGGGCAAUCAAACCAAGCGUUGACCGGUAUGUUCAAUUUAUACCGGGCAUCGCAAUUGGCGUUUCCAAAGGAAGAGAUAUUGAAAAACGCCAAAGAGUUCUCUUCCAAGUAUCUGAAACAUAAACAAGAUAUAGACGAGUUGAUUGAUAAAUGGAUUAUAAUGAAAGACUUACCUGGCGAGAUUGGGUUUGCGCUAGAGAUUCCAUGGUACGCAAGCUUGCCUCGAGUGGAGACGAGAUUCUAUAUUGAGCAAUAUGGUGGAGAAAACGACGUCUGGAUUGGCAAGACCCUUUAUAGGAUGCCAUAUGUGAAUAAUAAUGAAUAUCUGGAAUUAGCAAAACAAGUCUACAACAAUUGCCAAGCUCUGCAUCAACUCGAAUGGGACACCUUCCAAAAAUGGUAUGAAGAAAGUAGGUUAUAUGAGUGUGGUGUGUGCAGAAACGGGCUCCUCGAGUGCUUUUAUCUAGCGGCUGCGACUAUCUUUGAAAAAGAUAGAUCAGAUGAGAGAAUGGCUUGGGCCAAAUCAAGUGUAUUGGUGAAAGCCAUUUCUUCUUCUUUUGGGGAAUCCUCUGAUUCAAGAGUGAGCUUAUUCGAUCAGUUUCACAAUGCUCGACGAAGUGAUCAUCACUUCAAUGACAGGAGCAUGAUAUUGGACCGACCAGGAUCGGUUCAGCCAAGUCUGCUUGUCGGAAUCUUAAUCAGAACUUUGAAUCAAAUAUCCUUCGACCUCUUCAUGUCUGAUGGGCGUGACGUUAAAAAUCUCAUCUAUCAGUUGUGGGAAGAUUGGCUGGAGAAAUGGAAAUUAGAUGGAGAAGGAGGAGAAGGAGAGCUCAUGUUGAAGAUGAUACUUUCAAUGAAGCACAAUGACCUAACUAGCUUAUUCUCUCAUCCUAACUUUGUUCGUCUCUCAGAAAUCAUCAACCGAAUCUAUCUUAUUUCCCAAUAUUCAAAGGCAAGUAGAAACGUUGAGAAGGAGAAAAUAAAAAUAAUGGAGAAUGAGAUGGAGCAAAUGGUUGAGUUAGUACUGUCAGAGAUUGACACACUCCGUGAUGUCAGCAUCACCUUUCUUGAUGUAGCAAAGGCUUUUUACUAUUAUUUUUCAUGUGGUGAUCAUCUCCAAAGUCACAUCGUCAAAGUCUUAUUUCAAAAAGUCUUAUAGCCUCAUCAAUGAUGUGUUUUAAUUAAGUAAUUAAUGUGUCAUAAAAGAUUCAUAAAUCUAUGGAUGCUUGUACAUGGAUAGCCUCAUCAAUGAUGUGUCCUCUCCUAUCAUGGCUGAAGCCCUCGCCAAUAGAGAAACUCUAACACACGUAAUCUCACUCACAUCUUGCUCCGAUCAGAUUCCCAAGAGCUCAGAGCAAUCACAUCAAGACGUCGACCGGUGGAACUCCAUGGAGUAUUUUCGGACAUCGUUCUUCUGGUUAACUCCUAGUCUUCUCCGUUCUCCUUUUGUUGUGUUUCUUUUAUUUUCAGAAAAUUAAAUGGGCCAGUAGAUCUUAUUGGCAAAGCAUCCUUGCUUCCUGUAAUGAACUAAGUCCUAUUUAAUUUCUAAUAGUAUUUGGGGUUAAAAAAAGAAUAUUUUAUUUGUUUUUAUUUUUAUGUAUCUUUAUUAAAGAUGUAGGGUAUACAUGAAUGGCCAUAAUCUAGGGGUGAUUUUGCAGAAGAAACAUAGGAGUGAUGGAUAUGGGGUUUAGCAUAAUAAGAGCUAGGGACUCAUGUAGAUGUCAUGUCAAAACGACGUCUCACUUUUCUAGAGAUCACUUUGUUUUUUUUCGGUGUGAUUUUGUUUGUCGUGACUUGCAUGCAUGCCUUUGAAAAGUUAUUUUGGUGUGGCAGAGAGAUAAGCUCCACUUUAAAACACAUGAUCUUGAUGACUAGGUUUUGUACUCUUUUCUUUGGAUAACACCCCAGACCCAACUUAUCAAGACAUUAUCAUACUAUC